UUGAUUCUUUCCUUUCGUAAACCCCGACGGGAACAAAGACAGUAUGCACCAAAUGAAUGAAUGAAUCCAUAAUAAUACAGAGGGAACGUUCUCGUUAUAGAUAGAUUCAGUGUUAUCCUUAAUCCAUUCAUUCUUCACAAUGUUGUCGUUUUCAACCAAAAUGCUUCAGAGGUAUUAUGCUUCUAUCCCUCUUUUUCAACAUUCAAACCCUAAUUUCAUUCCUUCUUCAACAAUGCUAUACUCUCAAUUACACAACCAACAAGAAAAAGCUAAUCUUGUUUCCUCAUUCAAUCACUUGCUACAUCAGAAUCCAACCCCACCCAUCAUUCAUUUUGGUAAGAUUUUAGGUUCUCUUGUUAAGGCCAAUCAUUACUACACUGUUAUUUCACUUCAUCGUCAGAUGGAAUUAAAUGGAAUUGCUUUAAACUUAGUCACUUUGAGCAUCUUGAUCAAUUGUUUUUCUCAAUUGGGUCUAAACUCUCUUUCCUUUUCUGUAUUUGCCAACAUUCUCAAAAAGGGUUAUGACCCAGAUGCCAUAACUUUGACUACACUCAUCAAGGGUCUCUGUCUCAAAGGUCAGAUCCAUAAAGCAUUGCAUUUUCAUGACAAGUUGGUAGCCCAUGGGUUUCAGUUGGACCAAGUCAGUUAUGGAACCUUAAUCAAUGGGUUAUGUAAAGUAGGAGAAACAAGUGCAUCCUUGCAGUUGCUGAGACGAGUUGAUGGGAAACUGGUUCGACCUAAUGUGGUAAUGUACACUGCAAUUAUUGACAGUAUGUGCAAAGAUAAACUUGUUGAUGAUGCUUUUGAUUUAUAUUCUGAAAUGGUCGCUAAGAGAAUUUAUCCCAAUGUUGUCACUUACAAUGCUUUGAUUAAUGGCUUUUGCAUUGUUGGUAAAUUGAAAGAAGCAAUUGAUUUGUUUAAUAAAAUGAUAUUGGAAAACAUCGACCCUGAUGUGUAUACCUUCAAUAUAUUGGUUGAUGCAUUUUGUAAGGAAGGAAACGUGAAAGAAGCUAAUAAUGUGUUUGCUAUGAUGAUCAGAAAAGGUGUUAAACCUGAUGUUAUUACUUAUAGCUCGUUAAUGGAUGGAUAUUGCUUAGUUAAAGAAAUGAACAAGGCCAACCGUACAUUCAAUAUCAUGGCCCAAAGUGGAGUGACUCCUGAAGUUUGGAGCUAUAGUAUUAUGAUUAAUGGAUUUUGUAAGGUUAAAAUGGUGGAUGAAGCCUUAAUUCUCUUCAAAGAAAUGCGUUGUAGAAACAUUAUUCCUAAUGUGGUAACUUACAAUUCCCUUAUUGAUGGUUUGGGCAAAUCAGGGAGAAUCUCACAUGCUUUGAAGCUUGUCGAUGAGAUGCAUGAUAGAGGUCUACCACCUGAUAUAAUUACUUACAAUUCUAUAUUUGACGCUUUAUGCAAAAACCAUCAUGUUGAAAAGGCAAUUGCAUUAUUAACAAAAGUUAAGGACGAGGGCAUUCAACCAAAUAUGAACACAUAUACUAUUCUUAUUCACGGAUUGUGUAAAGUUGGAAGAGUAGAGGACGCGAGACAUGUUUUUGAAGAUCUUUCAGUCAAAGGCUACAAUCUAAAUGUUUAUACAUAUACUGUUAUGAUCCAAGGGUUUUGCGACAAGGGCUUGUUUGAUGAAGCGUUGGCCUUGCUAUCAAAAAUGAAAGACAAUAGUUGCAUUCCAGACGCUGCAACUUAUGAAAUAAUUAUCCGUUCUCUGUUUAAUAAAGGUGAAAAUGAUAAGGCAGAGAAACUUCUACGUGAAAUUAUCGCAAAAGGUCUAUUGUAAGAUUGAAACUAGGAAGCUUGAGUCUAAGAAUCAUUUUGGUGGAGUGAUCUGGUAAAUUUUAAUACAACAACUUUGGUAGGUUUUAUAUCAGGAAUUAAUAAUGGCAUUACGGAGAAACUUUUCGCUACUAUAGAAAGUGAAUUGGGACAGUGCUGGUUUAAGUGAAACUUUGACUUUGUGAUUUCUCAAGUAAGUUAUCAAUAUUUUUUGCCA